AUGGCCAACUCAAUAAACGUGGAUCUGGAAGGGAUUGAGGAUUAUUCCUUGGAUACAUCCGCCCCCUAUUACCCAUCAUCUGAUGCAGCCCCUUGCCAGCCUCUGGAGGACGUGAACAGAUAUAUAUAUGUUGUGGUUUACUCCAUAGUCUUCCUUCUCAAUAUAGUCGGCAACACCCUCGUCAUUGUAGUAAUCAGACACAACAAGCUGAAGAGGUCUUCAACGGACUUCUACCUCUUGAACCUGGCCAUCGCCGACUUGCUGUUCGCCUUCACCCUGCCCUUCUGGGCAGCCUACAAGGCCCACGAAUGGAUUUUUGGGGUCACCAUGUGCAAAUUGGUGUGUAUACUGCAGGAAGUCAACUUCUACAGCGGGAUACUGCUGCUGGCUUGUAUCAGCGUGGACCGCUACCUGGCUAUCGUCCGCGCCACAGAGUCUGUGACGCAGAAGAGGCACUUGGUCAAGCAUAUCACUGCCGCCAUCUGGAUAUUUUCCUUCGCUAUAUCCUUCCCCACCAUAUUGUUCAAGACUGUGUUCAAGACCCCUAAACACGGUCUAGUCUGCCAUGAGGACAUUGGAGCUGAGAACACAGUGCACUGGAAGAUCAUCAUAACAAUCGGACGUCAAUUGGCCGGAUUCUUCAUACCCCUGAUUAUCAUGCUCUUCUGCUACGGCUUCACCAUCAAAACUCUCUUUCAGACCAAAAACAACCAAAAGCAGCGAGCCAUGAUGGUCAUCUUUGCAGUCGUCCUGGUCUUUCUGGUCUGCUGGCUUCCCUACAAUAUCACCGUGAUCGUGGACUCGCUCAUGAGGACAGGCUACAUCAACGAGACCUGUGACUUCCGGAACAAGUUGGACGUGGCCCUCCCCGUGACCGAAAUAUUCGGUUACUCCCACAGCUGCAUCAACCCGAUUCUCUACGCUUUCAUCGGCCAGAAGUUCAGACGCAGCUUCCUCAGGAUCCUGGCCAGCAAGGGCAUCAUCAGAAAGGAAAACCUGCCUCACUUUGUCCGCAGCUCCUCGGUCAUGUCCACUUCUGGGAACACGUCAACCACCAUCUAG